AUGGCGUCUUACGUAUAUUUCAAGUUCAAAUCACAAAAGGAACCUCAGCGUGUAACAAUCGAUGGGCCUCAUACCGAUGUCUGGAAUUUGAAACGUGAAAUCAUCAACAUUUCUCGGUUAGGUGAUGGCACAGACUUUGACCUAAAGAUCUACAAGGAGAACAGCAAUGAAGAAUAUACAGACGAUACUGAAAUAAUCCCCAAAGAUUCGACUGUCCUCGCCCGAAGAUUACCUGCCUCGGCGCCUGGGAAAGGCCGUGCUGCUCGUUAUGUCUCCGGCAAACCGCCCGUCAGUGCUAAAUCCACGGCGACAAGCGCAGCAAGCAGGCCACGUAAGACGGUGGAUAUGGCCAAGGCAAUGACGGAACAAGAAAAGCUGCAAGCUAUGCUUCAGGUCACCGACGCGCAAUGGCAACAAAAGCAGGAGGAAAUGUCACAUGAGACUCGAGUCCCUAUGCAGGGCAAGCCGUUUAAUAAGAAAGCGAAUGUUCCAGAGGGCGAGCCUCCUCACGGCUACAUCUGUUAUCGUUGUGGCAAAAAAGGACACUGGAUCCAAGCCUGUCCCACCAAUGACGACGCCUCUUAUGAUAAUAAGAACCGGAUCAAACGGACUACUGGUAUUCCUCGAUCGAUGCUGAAGAAGAUCGAUCAAGCAGACAUUGACAAGCUCGAUGAUGCUCAAAGACAAAAUCUUAUGGUGAACGCCGAGGGAGAGUAUGUCUUUGCGCAAGCGGAUGAAAAGGCAUGGAGAAAACACCUGGAACAGGUCAAGGCUGCCGAAGCGGCCCAGAAGAAAGAGCAAAUCGGAGACAAGGAGCUGCAAGAUCGAGGCUUGGAAUGCUCGAUUGACAAGCGCUUGUUUGUAGACCCAAUGAAGACACCUUGUUGUGGGAAGACAUAUUGUCAUGUUUGUAUCGAAAAUGCAUUACUUGAGAAUGAUCUCACCUGUCCUGGCUGCGAGACCGAGAAUAUCAGUCUCGAGCGUCUUGAGCCCGAUGAGGAGAUGAAGAACAAAAUCAAAGAGUAUGAAGCAGAAAAGGCCACGGAGAAGCAACGGUCUAGAAGCCCCACAGUUGUCGCCGAGUCACCAAAGGCCAAAGGGUCUCCAGGUUCUCGUCCGAGUUCUCGAGAUGGCUCUAGAACACCUCAAUCUGUGAGCGGUUCGGCGAGAAAGCGCAGUGCAAGUGAAGUCGACGGAGCCACACCUUCGGAUAGCCUCGCAGCCCCGGCCAUGAAGCGACAAAAGUCUGGAGAAGCGGUGUCAUCGACACCAAACGCAUCCGACACUGAUGCGAAUGCUCCCAAGGAGAAGACUUCGACUCCUGAGAGUAAGAACGUGCUGCCUGCAAACAUGAUGCCGCCCGACUUGUCACAAAUGCAACCAGGAAACAACAUGAACAUGCCCAUGAUGCCCGGUUUCAACCCUCUCAUGAUGAAUCCGAUGAUGAUGGGCAUGGGCAUGGGGGGCAUGGCUGGAAUGAACCCGAUGAACUUCAUGAAUCCCAUGAUGAUGAAUCCAGGAACCAUGGGCAUGAACUUUACAAAUCCAGGUCAAAUGCCCAAUUGGAAUAUGCCUGUGAAUAUGAACAUGAACAUGAACCAGAAUCAGAAUCCCAGCACCACAUUGAACCAGAACCGACCCAGCAACUUCCAGAACUACAAUCGCCCCAGUCGAAGCCCAAACUUCCCCCAGCAACCAAAACCAUCAGCGCCACAACAGCCCGCUGGAAUGACAGGCGUCCCAACCGGUCCCAAGGCGCUGAUGAACCAGAACCAGAAUCAGAAUUUCUAUCCGCCAUCCGGUCCAGCGGGCAACAGAUUCGCCAAUCAACAACGGCAUGUGGGAAAUGAAGAAGACAAUGCAUAUAUGCGGCAACCUGUCAAUCCCCACCGGCAUAUCAACCGGAAUCGAAAGCCGCGACAGGCCGAUUAUAGGGAAUUGUGA